AUGGCGGGCAAUGUCACACCAAACCCUCAGUUUCUCGCCCCUCCUGCCGUCACGGCUCUGAGGCAGGAGGCUCGGGCUCUCGAUCCGACUUUCUCUCCCUUGAAUCGCUCUCUCAGCGAUAACAUGCAAGAAGAACGGGAAGACUUGAAGGAGGCGGCGGAACAGACCUUGAAUGUGAUCGUCGACCUGGAUCUCGAUGGUCGGAUCAAAUGGGUCAGUCCGUCGUGGAAACAGGUGGUGGGAACGGUCCCGGAGUCGGUGGAGGGCCGCAACAUGACGGAGUUGUUAGUGGGCAACAAAGACGCUUUUCGCGAUGCCACCGAGUCUAUGAAGGAGGAUGACUCGCGCAGUCGUUUCAUUCGCUUUGCGCUGGAGAUGGGUCCUGAUUCGGUGUUAAAGUACUCGCCCGAACCCCGACCGCAAGAGUUCCAAAAGGUCGAGUCGAUUGAGGGUCAAGACGAGAAAGCUGUGCGCAGGGAGGACGAGCCGCCACAAGAAUUGCCGGAGCACAACCACGACGUCUUGAACAUGGAAGGGCAAGGCAUCAUGGCGUAUGACCGAACUGCUGAGGGGGCUGGUCAUACUAUGUGGAUGUUGCGACCGUUUACCGAGCCACGAGAGGUCACGAUCGACCUGCCUCCUCUGUUGGUUGAAUCUCUCGGGGUUGGUGCAGAGGUUUUGGCGAACUACCUCACGACGUUGGCAGAAGCGGCGGCAAAUGAACCAGAUCCCUCGAAAUAUCCCGCCCCAACUCCUGUACUGUGUCGCAUCUGCGAGCGACAGAUCACACCUUGGUGGUUUGAGAAGCAUUCGGAUCUCUGUCUGCAGGAGCAUCGGGCUGAGAUGGAUGUCCAGAUCGCACAGGAAAACCUUAAUGAACACCGCCGUGCAAUCGUGAAGGUGCUGGAUGCAUUGGAAGCCAGACAGGGCCGGCCGCUCGUCCUGGGAGACUCCAAUGUCCCCUCCGCACAGCCUGAGUACAAAGGUCUCCCAAUCGGACCAUCACCGACGGCUUCAGCACCAUCGUCCGGGUCCGUUUCGAACUCUAGUUCUGCCCCAGGAACACCACCCCGGUCCCGCGAUCAUUCCGCCUCGGGGUUUGGUCACGCCCGAGGCCGAUCUUUCGCCGUGCGGCGCCCAUUGUCUCGCGUGGUCGAGUUGAUUCUUGAUCUUUGCGAUACGGCCCUGGAGAUUAACAUGCCGGUGAUCAAGGAAACACGGCCGGAUAAUGGCGGUGAUUUCCGAACCCUGUCUCCACAGUCGGAAUCUCGAAUUUCACAAGUUUUGCAGUGGCAGUCUCCGAGCUCUAACACACUAGAGCAAGAGCAAGGCCUAGCAGCUCUCUGCACCGACACCGAGCAGGUCUCAAGAGCGAAGGUCGAUGCGGUGAUUCGUCAUCGCAGGAUCGUCGAGUACGCAGAACGGAUUCGCAUUGAAUACACGGUGCUGGUGGAGGAAUGCAUCACCGCUGCGCUGAGCAAAGCUGAGCGCAUCGCUGCAGGUCAGCUGAGUGACUCUAGCACCUCUGAGGACGAAGCGUUGCCAAGUGAGAACAGUCUUCCAGCAGCUCCCAGCCCGAUCCAAAACCGAGAAUCGACACUUCCUCCACCACCGCCGUCAGUGUCGGCUUUGACAAUGUCCAUGAGGAACUCCGCUGAACGGCAUCAAUCGCCACACUCGUCUGAAGGGAAGCCAUCGUCUGUUGCCGUCUCAACUGGAUCAAAUAGUCCAAUGGAAUGCCCUACACCGCGUUCUCACAAGAGUGCCGCCGCUGUGCUUGGAACCUCCCAGUCUUAUCGACGUGGACUCGGCUCUGCUGACAUCGAUCCUGGCGAUUGCAGCGAUAGUAGUGUCCUUUCUUCCGCAUUUCCGACAGGAGUGCGAACCGACUCCCCAUGUUCUGAGCGCAGCCUCGAUAGGAACCGCAGAAGCUUGGUUCUUCCGGGGCUCUCAAGUUCCCCGCGGCGACAGCACUCCCCAGCCAGAAUCUCCGGCCCUCAUUCUCCUCUACGGAUGCCCAAGCCCCGACUCUCCAGUGGCGCCGAAAGUUUGCCAUCGCCCAUUGUAUCACCAUCAACCAAUGCCAGCGACCUCGUCCUUCAUCACUAUCGUCACCACCGUCGUCAAUCCUCAGCAACGUCUUCAGAAGCUGCGAGACCUCCGGUAUCGCCCCAUCUAUCAUCAGCAAGUCAGCCCCAACCCCGGCCUGCGCCGCCGUCGAUCAAAGACUUCGAGAUUAUCAAACCAAUCAGCAAAGGGGCUUUCGGAAGUGUUUACUUAUCAAAGAAGAAAUCCACCGGGGAAUACUAUGCUAUCAAAGUGCUCAAGAAGGCGGACAUGGUUGCGAAGAAUCAAGUCACGAACGUGAAGGCUGAGCGAGCCAUUAUGAUGUGGCAGGAAGAGAGUAACUUUGUUGCUAAGCUUUACUGGACGUUUUCCAGCAAAGAUUACCUCUACCUUGUGAUGGAAUACCUGAACGGGGGUGAUUGUGCUUCGCUCGUCAAGGUUUUGGGGGGACUCCCCGAGGACUGGGCCAAAAAGUAUGUUGCGGAAGUAGUCCUCGGCGUCGAGCAUCUCCAUGGCAGAGGGAUUGUCCAUCGCGAUCUAAAGCCGGACAACCUCCUCAUCGACCAAACUGGCCAUCUCAAACUGACGGAUUUUGGCCUAUCGCGAAUGGGACUUGUGGGACGACAAAAGCGAGUUUUGAAAAGCAUGAACGAGCCCGCUCCGGAUUUACUGAAGCAAGGACCGUUUCCUCGGGCAACGUCCAUCACAUCGUCCAGAUCGGCCUCGUUCGACUUCCAGGGGAGCACUUCGCCAGGGUCGACCCCGUUAAUUACGCCAGAUACAGCCGGAAGCAUGUCUCAACCGUCCUACUUCAAUCUCAACCAAGGCGGACUUAGUAGGCAAACUUCUCGUCGCGCAUCGGGUUAUCGUAGCGACAGUGGAGGCAGUGACAACCUGAACGCCAUUUUCCGAACGCUGUCUCUCAACGAAGGCAAUGAGCACCAGGGAUCUUUGCCGGUACCCGUUCCGUCUCCGGCAGGCCCGUCUGAGGAAGAGGGACAAAGCGAGGCGGGUGAGUCUCCUCGACUUUACCCCCUCCAACCAACUUUAAGCAACUCGAUGUCGUAUGGAACUCCACCUCAACAAGCGAUGAUGCCUCCGUUAAUGGCACUUUUCGACCCCGAGGAUCACAACCGGCGUUUUGUGGGCACCCCAGAUUACCUGGCACCAGAGACAAUUAACGGCCUGGGUCAAGAUGAGAUGAGCGAUUGGUGGUCGCUGGGCUGUAUUAUGUUCGAGUUUCUAUUCGGGUAUCCACCUUUCAAUGCGGCCACCCCAGACGAGGUGUUCGACAAUAUACUACACCGGAGGAUCAAUUGGCCGGAGGAUCCUGAAGAGCUAGCCACCCCGGAAGCUAUCGACCUCAUGAACAAACUCAUGACUUUAAAUCCACGAGAGCGUAUUGGUGCUAACGUUGAUGAAAAGUUCCCGAAUGGUGGAAGUGAAAUUCGGAGUCAUCCUUGGUUUUCAGACAUCAACUGGGAUACGCUCCUGGAAGACAAGGCGCAGUUCGUCCCAACUCUCGAGAACCCUGAAGACACCGAGUACUUUGAUGCCCGUGGUGCUACCUUGCAGGCUUUCACCGAAGAGCUCGAAGACGCAAGUCCCCCGCAACAGCCGAUGACGACUGGACCGUAUCCCGAUCGCCCACACGACGCCCUAUUCAAGGUUCGGUCACAGGCAAACUCGAAGCGGCCCUUAAUGCCUUUGCACAUACCUCCUCAUGUCCGGGAAUCACGGAGCAGAAGGUUAAGUGAGCCCUCCAUUGCGGAUGAUUUUGGCAAUUUCUCUUUCAAAAAUCUUCCAAUGCUGGAGAAGGCGAACAAGGACGUCAUCCAGAAGCUGCGUCAAGAGGCGUUGCAAGCACAGCAGCGCCAGAUUCCGCCGCAACAGCCGCCCAAUCAAGGGCAGGGUCAGCCACAAGGCCAAGGACAGAAUCAGAUCCAAGGACAGGCACAAAGCCAGGGGCAAGGACAGGGCCCCACGUCAUCUUCUGGCCCAUCGCUAGAGGGGAGUCCUUUGCCCAUGUCGUUGCAGCGGACUCUGUCUCAAAACAAAGGCAACAAUCGACCGUCGUCACCGUCGAGUUUGAGUCAAGCAAACUCUUCUCCGAGCCGUCCUUCACAACCUUCCUCUCCGCUGCUUGUCCAAUUCAGCACUGGUCAACACAACCAUGAGCGUAGGAAGACAUCGGGGUCCUCUUCGGCCAAUUCUCAUCAAUCUAGUGGGUCGUUCCAGCCGACGGGCGGCGAACCGAGCCGUAUGGCGAGCCUGAAACUCAGCUCUACUGCAUCCUCGCCCAUCAAGACUACGCGGGCUGCUACCCAUUCACCGGACAAGACACCUUCCGGGCCACCACGUCAUGGCAGCAUGCCUGCACGGGCCCGGUCACAGACUAUUGGAUCUCAAGAUGGUGAUUUGUCCUCGUCUCUAGCCAAGGAAUCGUACGUUGCUGGUCACUAUAAGCGGCGCAGUCAGUUGUUCGAUAUUUCACCUUCUUCGUCGGACAACGAGGACCCACGAACCAAAGCGCUUUUAAAAGUCCAACGCCGCCGGCAAAGUUCAAGGCGCCUGUCGCAUAUAAACAUUCCCGACGGUCCUUUUUUCCGGCCCCUCGACGUGCUUAUCUGUGAAGACCACCCUGUCUCCCGACUGGUGAUGGAACGUCUAUUCGAGAAACUUCGCUGUCGGACCAUCACUGCCGUGAAUGGCGCGGAAGCCAUGCGAUACGCGCUCAGCGAAGUCCAAUUCGAUAUAAUCAUGACCGAGUUCAAACUACCUCAAGUCAAUGGAGCCGACGUCGCCCGUAUGGUGCGGGAAACCAGGAGUGCCAAUCGACAUACUCCCAUCAUAGCAGUAACUGGAUAUUUGAAAGAUCUCCCGGAAACUCAUCAUUUCGAUGCCCUGAUCGAAAAGCCUCCAACCCUGACGAAACUGACCGAGGCACUCUGCAAGUUCUGUCAAUGGAAGCCUCCUCCGAAGGAUUAUAACCCUUCCCAGCCAUUAUCUGUACCGACUACCGGCGCACGCCAGAUUCCUGGCCCGGCCGAGCAUAGCCCAAGCUCUGCUGCGUCAUCAGGCUUCAUGCACAUGCCCUCGAGCUCGUAUCAAGGGUCUAGCCGUGAGGACUCCAUCGGUAGCAGCUACUUUGGUGACGUGGAGCCUAUCAAGCCUGAUGAUGCUGCGGUGGUCGUGAACCGGCAUGCCGAUGAAUGGGAUUCGAGUAAGGCCGGGCUUGGUAUCUCCAAAAAUGAGCCUCCAAAACCAGAAAGCACGGGGUCGGAUCCUAAAUCUCCUGGCUCUGCCGCAACGCCACUUCCUGUUUUGCUCCAUCCAGCUUCUGCCCCUGCGGCGAUGAACGCUUCCGGAACAUUGACACCUCGGAAACAGCGAUCUAGUGACGCAAUUCGAGCGAAGAAAGAACAUUUGGAGAAGAAGAGAUAUGAAUGUUCGGAGUCUGGUGACGAUGAAGAUGAGGAGCUGGGCCACCUGGAGUCGCGCACGCAAAGUCCACGGAAUCGCCCACACCGCCCCGGCUCCAAGCUCGGGAUAGAGAUGAUGAGGACGAACAGUCGCGGCAGCGUUGUCAGUGGCAGCGAGGAAUUGCUCAAGCGAGAGCGGGAGGCUUUGGAAAGGGCCAGAAGUGGUGCUACUGAUAACCUCAGCGACCCUGGUGAUGAUCAAUCUGGGUCUCGAUGUUCUGGGGACAUCGAACAGCGAUUCCGGGGCCUUCAAAUUCCAGAAGAAGCCAUUGCCGGCUCAGUGGAAGAAGACUACAGUCCCAGACAUACUCCGUGUCCCUCCGAGUCAAGAAUGGCGGGAGCUGCAGCAGUGCCCCCAGACUUGUCUCUGAAUGACACCGUGACCGAUCCCAGCGAGGGAAGCACGGAGACGCUCAAGAUGGGCCAAGUGACUCCCCCUUCUGCCUCCACAAAUGAUAUCUCCGGUGAUCCCAAUACGCCAUCAAUCCAUGUCUCCAAGGGCUCCGCCCCUCUGGGUGCCGAAGAGGAGGUCGAUCCGCUAUUGGACGCCGAGGCUACGCCUCGACCACUACAUACACCCUCGCUCGAGCUAGAUUCUGAUGUCACCCCUCGUCCGUUCGGAAGAUAG